AUGGCUGCCCCCCUCAUUAGCGAACCUAGCAAUGGCGUCAGGGUCUACGGCUCCCAAAUCUUCACCGACCUCGACUCGUACUUGGGCAAGGCCGCAGGCCAUCAGGGAACGACGUUCGUCCUCGAAACUCCGGCGCGAACGUCAACAUCCGAUGACCUAGUCGUCUCUAUUCUCAACACGGCCAAAAUAGCAUACGCAGCACGGUGGAUUUCAUUCGCGAUAAGCCUCAGCCACAUGAAUCAAACGCAGAGCGAGGAAUUUGUUCGCGAGAGUUGGCGCACUGCGAGGAGAAACAUGCUUAAGCUUCUCACUAGAGCGACUUGCCGAUCAGUGCUGGCUUUAUAUUUGUUUUCUCAAACUCCUAUUCCGACAGGGAUAUCUGAGGAAGAGAUCUCGGAUGGCAUUAGUGGUGUAGUGUGCAUCCAUGCUGCUCUCUCCCAAGUUCAGAACCUUCGUGACAGGCGGGUAGGAACCCACGUAUCCACCGAGUUCCUCAAUCUUGAGAGCAGAAUAUACUGGGCAGCCAUAGCAUGGGACACCGCGAACUCUUUAGUGUCCAACUUGAGGUCAUCUUUGACCUCCGGGCUGAAAGGAGCUUGCCUAGAGCCGGUAUGGAUUGUAGUCAGAGCCUUCCUCAAAAGCUCGUUCCAGCCCAAGAUCCAGAGGUGGCGGGCAGGGACGUUAGAAGACACUGAUGAAGUUGCUUGCUCAAUAUUUUCGGGUGCGGCAGUCGGAAAUUUGUACUUCUGGAAAACCAUCACAUCUCUCAAGGAAGCUGUGAGGGAGGGAGUGGAUGAGACGACCCUUCAACUCACUUGGAAAUCGCUACUUGAUGCCCUCAACAUAUGGGAGAACUCGAUUCGUCCGCUUCUCGAAACAUGUCAAAGACGCCUCAACUUCUUAGACCCAAAGCACCGACUGAAUUGGUUCCAAUUGAGUCUUGAGUAUUGGCUAGGAGUUUUGAUUGUAGUCGAUACACUCGAAAACGCGUAUCGGUCGGACCUCAUACGCCAACUUACGAAAUUGAGGCAAGACGCGCAAUGUGAAAUUUUCAACGCCAUUCAGUAUGGAUUGAAGACAGAUUACAUCUUGCCUCAAUUUUCAGAGAAAUGCGAUCUGCAGUCAAACGGAGACGUUCCUGCUUGCUCAACAUCACUCAUAGGGGUUUACUCGUUCUUCCCGCACUUACUUACUGCUGUUAGGCUCGCACAAAAGGCUGUCGAAAGGGACUACGACGGUCAUAGAAUCAGCCGUGCGGUAUACUGCUCCUUGAUCUCUAUCCUCGUCGAGGCGUUAGGGCAUCUCCCGCCGUUUUCUCGUGGAGUUCAGCAGGCAAAAAUCGUCAUAUCCAAGAAUGGGAAAGAAUUUGGAAGUGGCCUUGAAUCUUCGCUAAAUGGCUCAGCUUCUUGA